AUGACAAACGAGCCGCGUACGUCUCAAAGCUCGUCGACGCGCAAGCAAGACGUGGAUGCCCUUCUCGCUGAUCUAAGUCUCGAUAUGAAGUCUAGAGACAUCACUCGAAAGUCUACCUCCAACACUCGUCCCACUGAGCGCAGACAAUCACCGGCCCGUCCAGACGAUGCACAGAGUCUGUUGGACGAUUUGGAAGGCCUCGUACAGCGUCGUCGCUCAAUGCAACGAGAUACAGAUCAUACACAAAACCAGAAUUCCCCGCAAAAGUCACCCAUCACUUCGCAAAUGCAACCAGCGCACAAAACGCGUAUGAACACAUCUCCCAUGCGGCCUGCCAAGCUUGGCACGCCGUCUCCUGCGAAACCCGCCUCAAACUUGGCUUCCCCUUCCCUAAAGAAUCCAACGCAGGAAUCUAUGCCAGUAUCUGAAUCGAAACAGAGAUUCGGAAGCACGCCUUUGUCAGUCUCUCCUUCUCCAACAGGUUCAGGACCACCAUCAUCGUCACCAGUAUCUGCCCCAACCAAAGGCAAAUCGGCCCAAUCUGACGCAGCUUCAACAGAUUCUGCAUCUCAUUUAUCACCUCAAUCGCAAAUGGUCCCCUCCACGACCACGCAAGAUGAUUCAGGAACUUCGCCCUCGAAGAGCUCAUCAACUUCAGAAAUUUCGCAAUUACCUAACCGCAAAGACGUAGGAGGAUGGGGAGGAUGGGGAAGUCUGUUUUCAACAGCGUCGAAGUUUGCAGAGCAAGCUCGUGAUGAACUUGGACGCCGCACUGCAGCUGUUGUUCAACAUACGCCUACAGUAGACAAGGGGUCGCAUCCUGAGCAGCAAAUUUAUGAAUUCGGCAAUAAAUUCGCGCAGCGUGUGCGUGGAUUCGUACAGGAUGGUGGACUAGAGCAAAUCCGCGAUAAUAUUACAGCAGCAGGCCGUCGUGGCUGGAACGAUAUUGUCAAUACUGUGGUGCUUCCCAUGGAAGCACAUGAUUCAGUUAAUGUGACUGUGAGCCAUGAUAUGAGAGGCUACGAUGGCAUUGAGACACUUGCUUUCAAGGUUUUGUCGCGUGUCCUUUCGCAGGCUGAUCUGGAUAUUUCUGUCUCGAGAGACAAGACGACUGUGCCGAGUCUAGAGUCAGCUGAGUCGGAGCAUGGAUACGAUAUACACGCGGCUGAAACACGCGAAUUAGGAUUUCAGAAUGCCAAGGGUGCUUUACGACGACUUUGUGAGCAAGCUAGAUCAAGUCUUGCAUCCGAAGCAAACGAUUCAGCGGCAUGUCCGGCCAUUCUCCGGAUCCAGCCUUACAUGGACCAUUUACUUGCGCCUGGCGAAGAGGAUGAUUUGUUCACGUCGUCCUCGCAUCAAAAGCAGAAGCAAACUUCUUUAUCAAUAGAUGCAACACCAUCCGCUUUAUUCUUUCUUGUUUGGUGGGUCGAUCCAAAGCAUCGUCUCAGUCAUCUUACGCAAAGCCAGGCUGUGCCUGCAUGGUGGUUGUCUGUAUCGGAUGAAGAAAAUCAGUGGGUUGAACAAGCGUUGGGUGAUGUCUUGGAAAAUGCCAUUAGUGUUGUUUCCCAGAAUCGACUGGCUAUGUUUGCUCAUGCAGCUUCACACGCAGCGGCAAACCAAGCAUCAACGCAAUAG